AUAUAUGGAUAUUAUCGUCGAUAUUUUCCACCUCUAAUUCUGCCCGCGUCCAAUUUGUGUACAUCUAUUUGAUGACGGUCAAAGUAAAAGUUUUUAAUUAAAAAUGAACACCUUUCAAAAUACAAAUGAUUUUUAACUUAAAAAUAUGUCAAGAUAAAGUGCCGGUAUAAUGGUUAACAAUGCAGUUAAAGUUUAUAACAAUCUUGCUGUGGACACAGACGGUGUUUGUGUGUGUAUAUUCUCGCUUUCAUAAAACAUGUACAGGAUAUGAUUUUCGACUUAACUUCUUUACAUGAAGAUUUUGGUGCUUAAAAGAAAAGAUUAGAUAAAAAAAAUAAUGAUAAAGCUUAGAAAAUGUGAUAUUUUAAUCGCUUUCGCAUUGACUUUUAAGUUUGUGGUUGUGGCCAAUCUACAACGUACUACGGACUUGAUCCCUGAGCAGCGUAAUCACAAUUUUCCACUAACCGACAAGCUCAAUAAUCAUUUAAGAACCCAAGAAAACAGUUCUUUAAAUAGUUCACAAGAAGUAAAAGCCAAAUCAUCGCGUGCUUUUCACAAUGCCUUCGAAUCUGAUAAUGUACAGUUUUUAAUAGACUCUGAUAUAACAUUAGACAAGGAAAGGCCAACAUAUGCUACGGAGCCUAUACAUCACAAAGAUAAUGCAGUUAUAGAAUCGACCAGCCAAGGGCAGAGUGAUAUUCGGCCCAAUGAAGAUAUAAAUACGACUAACAACAACGAUGAGCUGCCAAAAUUUGAAAAUGUCGAAUAUGAGGAGCGGUCGUCUGGUACUAUACUAGGCAAACUAAACACAGCUGAAUCUGGCAAUGCUCUACCAAUAUUUUUAACCGAACCCGAAAACGUUUAUGUCAUCAAAAACCGACCCGCUUUACUCAAGUGCAAAGCUGCACAUGCGCUGCAGCUACACUUCAAGUGCAGUGGUAGUUCUCAGCCGCCUCCAUCAACUCAUGAUAAACAUGUGGAUCCUCACAGCGGUGUCCAUGUUGAGGAAGUAACAGCUACUAUACAUCGGGAUCUGGUUGAUGAAUAUUUUGGAAAAGGCCCCUUCAAGUGUGAAUGUCAUGCUUGGUCUUCUCGGGGUGUUGCCAAAAGUCAAGCAGCUACUAUAAGUAUAGCGUAUAUUCGAAAGCACUUUGUAGCCUCCCCUACAUCGCUAAAAGUGGAACUCGGUUCCAAAGCUGAAUUGCAUUGUGCGCCUCCUGGAGGAUUUCCUGAACCAAAGAUAACGUGGUUUAAAAAUAAUGCUCCGGUUACAAACGCUAAUGAAUACGGAAUAGUUAUAUCUGACGAUGACACUACUAUAACUUUCGAUGUUGUAUCGUUACAGGAUAUGGCUAACUAUACGUGUAGUGCAGAAAAUGUUGCUGGUAAAAGAGUAUCGGACUCAGCGGUUUUAAUCGUCUACGUUAAUGGAGGAUGGAGUUCAUGGAGCCCUUGGAAAGAAUGCAAAUGCUCGGGAAAAAUAAGUCUGGGUCGAAAGAGAGUUCGCUUUUGUAAUAACCCGAUUCCGUUGAACGGUGGCUCGUUAUGUUCUGGUGCGCAAAUCCAAAAAUCUGCCGAUUGCAUUUCAUGCCCAGAUGACGCCCAAAUUGUAGCCGCUGAGGGAUAUGAUGCAUCAUCAAAUAAGAAAUUAGGCAAAUGGACACCGUGGAGUGAGUGGAGCUCUUGUUCUUCUGACUGCAUUCAAGUUCGCCGUCGAAGGUGUGUUUUCCCUCUUGCUGAAGAUUUAAGCGUUGAAAGCAUUGAAGGCUCGAUAUUGUCAGCAAACGUAGCGAUUAGCAACGGCGUUGCAGGACUGGGAUUUGCAAAGGUUCAUUGUCCGGGGAAGGAUAUUCAAACGGCUGAAUGUCGGGGAGAGCAUUGCCUUAUUGGCAAGGAUGCUUUUGAUUGGACUCUUUAUCUCGGCUUAGCGUUCGUCAUAACAGUUUGCAUUGCGUUUGGUGCCGCUCUGAUUUACUAUGCCCGGCGUAAUUUAUCUAUUAAUUCUCAUUAUAACAUGACCAGAACUAAUAUGAACUCUGAUUAUGUAAAGGGUAUCGAUAAGAAGGGAAAACACGUUGAAACCGCAAAUGUCAAUUAUGAUUAUCCCAGUUCAGAUCACAGAUUUAUGUCCAAUGAUCAUAUAAUAAGUUGCGGAGUUUCUGAACAUCACUAUGACGUACCCAAUUUAUCUGCCAACUACACGAAUCCAAUAGAUGAAAUAAGUGCAGAAUACGUUACGGAUACACCAGACACUUCUACAGCGGAUACUUCGAAUUCUACAUACGAUAUAACGGGCAAUGUAUCCAUACCUUCUGCAUGCAAAAACGUAGUAACCGAGAUUUUAAAUAAUUGCGGCGGCAGCUUAAAACUUUAUCAGGGCGAAAUAAUGCUACAUGUUCCAGAGUUUGCCAUCAGCAAAAAUCAAAAAAAACACAUGUCUUUGAUCUUAUUGAGUGAUGAAAGCUCUAGAAUAUCAAUACCUUGCGCUGAGCCAUUGUUUGUAUGUAGCACAAUAAUUUACUGUUCACCGCGAAACUAUAGCUUCCAAAAGCCAGUGGUAGUGAAACUGCCACACUGUCUCGUUGAUCCUCGGAAAUGGAAUGUGAACAUAUACCACGCAGAUAACAAUCAUUAUGACAUCAAUUCGAAUUGGCGGAAAAUAAUUUCAGUUGGGGAAGAAACGAUAAAUACGCCCGUUUUCGUACACAUGGAAGAAAGUCAUUUGUAUAUUAUGACAGAACAGUUGGGACGCUUCGCAGUUGUCGCUGAUCCUAAAGUGCACAACAACCACCAAACUUCAAUUAAAAUGCGACUAAUCGCAUUUAGUCAACUAGUGCCGAGCAAUUCAAACUGCAGCCUUCGAAUAUAUGUUGUAAAAGACUUUCCUAAUAGUAAAGACAUUUGUACCAUGAUUGAAACGAAACUUGGUGGUACUAUUAUGGGUUUAAGUGAAACAUUUGCUUUUCACUUGAACACAAGCGAUUUAGUCAUCCGUGUUCACAAUACGGAGUCCAGUUCGUGGGAUCUAAAGGAGCAAACCGACUAUGAACAAAUGAUUCCCUAUAAUCACAUACUUAAUAAUAAUUCCAUUUUACAUUGCGAGUUUAGCAUAAAGCGAUCAUUAAAUUCUAGAUUGGUAUUUAAUGUUGAUUUCGAGCAAUUCUGUUCGGAGAGUGACAAAAGGCAGUUGCACUCGUUUGUUAUUUCGAAUGAAUAUUUUCCUCCAGCCGAUGUGCCAACGCACUUAUAUGACCAUCAACAAGCAGUUAUCUCUAUUGAUCGUGCCAGCAGUUAUGUGAAUGAGACGAAUAGCUUAAGUAGUGUUUACCUACCGCGAACGUGCAAGCGACUCAUUUGCGCAGCUCUGGACCCACCUCGUCAAGACGAAAAAGAUUGGAGGUUGCUGGCUAAAAAACUUGGUACUGAUCAUUAUAUAGCAUAUUUUGCUACAAAGCCCUCACCAACCGAGCAGAUCCUUAAUUUGUGGGAAUGUCGCGCAAAUGGCUCCUCGCGUACAAUUGUUGAAUUAUUAAUAGUGUUCAGUGAUAUGGACAGAGAGGAUGUAAAACAAAUUAUAACAGAUACUAUGGGCCCUCUUUGGGUGUGAACAGCGCUUUGUAAAGCUGUUAUUAUUGAUAUGUUGAGAUGCCUUUUAUUUGGAAAAUUAAGAGAUUAUAGGAAUACAUAGACAUAAAAUAAAAUAAGCAAUUUACAUAUACAUAUGUAUGAUACAUA